ACACCCCCAAAACUAUACACUAAAGUGGGUGUCACCAGAUCUCUCUCUCUCUCUCUCUCUCUAAGAAUGGCAGAGAAUAAGAAGAAGACACAAGGAGAGGAGACAGCUGAGGAGAGAAGAGAGAAGAUAAAGAGCAAAGAGAAGCAGACAGGAUCAGUUACUGAGCUAGAGAGGCCCUGGGGCAUAGCAACAUUAGGAGACAAGCUAGCCAGUAUAGAGUCUGACAAGCAUUGCAUUACAAUAUGCACCAAAGAUGGGAACAAACUCCAAACUAUAGCAGAGGAAGGAGGCAAGAUGGGACAACUCAUGGAGCCUACAGGGAUUGCUGUGACAAACGAUGGGCACAUCCUUGUAGUUGAUCGACUAAGAGUUCAGAAAUUCAAUGAGGAAGGGAAAUGCGUUGCAUCAGCUUCAGCAAGGAAAUUAAACUUCCACACAAUGCUUGGAGUAGCUGUGAACAAAGCAGACGGCCGCAUAUACAUAGCUGACGCUGAGAAACACUGCAUCAUAGUAGUAUCUCCUACCCUAGCCCUCUUAGAGACAUUUGGAUCGAAAGGAUCAAAAAAAGGACAACUCAACAAGCCAAGAGGCGUAGCCAUUGACUCAACUGGACGUGUCUUUGUAGUUGAUGCUAAUAAUGAUCGUGUGUGUGUAUUUUCACAUGAUGGAAAGUACCUCUCAUCAAUUGAAGGAGAGCUGGAUCGCCCGUCCGCCAUUGCCAUAGAUAGCCAUGACUUUGUGUACGUGACAGAGAUGGUGAACGGUCGCGUGUUUGUCUAUGAUAAGGAUGGCUCCUUUGUUCACAAGUUUGGAAGAUGUGGGAGUAAAGAGGGAGAGUACAGUGGCCCACAAGGCAUAGCAGUAGACAAUAAUGGAGACAUCAUUAUUAGUGACACUUACAAUAACAGGCUUUGUAUUGUAUGAGAACAUACAUGCAAUAGUUACUUAUUUUUUUAUUACAUGUACACGUAUCACAUUCUCCCAUUAAUUUUUCUUAAUUAAAUAGAACAAAUUGACAAUAAAUGUACUGGUAUUGUUAUUCCAUAUGUUUAGAAGGAUUAAAUAUCAA